UCUUUGUGCUUCUUCGUUUUGAAAGAGAGUGGGAGAAAGAGCGAGAGAGAAAGAGGGAGGGACAGAAGAGUAGAGAGAUAGCAGUGUGUGGAAGAGAGAUGCAGUAGAGAUUGUGCACCUGCCUCAGAGAGGACACAACUGAUGAAAAGGAAGGGAAGGACGAAAAGAAUCAUCCGACCUUCUGUUAGGACCUAAGAAAUUGACAAAGAAAAUGAAUUAAAAGAAAACAAUGAGUUGUGGACUGUCAGCUGUGUGAAGAUGCAAGGCAUUGAAGAGACAGAAAUUGAAUGCAAGCAACAAAGGAAAGAGGUGAAGGCUAUGUUUUGAGCCUGUUUUUGAGAGAAGAAGACAAAACCAUACUUUUUUUGAGGAGACAGUGCAGAACAGCUUGUAUCAAACUGAUGGGCUGUAGGGAGUAAGCGCAAUAUCCCCACAAACUUAAUCAUCUGGACAUACACUGCUGGACGACAAGAACGCAUCCUACCAAACUAUGGCUUAGUGUAGCAUGUGAUUGCUGAAGUGCGGAGACAUGGAGGAAUGAAGUGAAACUGCUUUAGAAGGCUUUCCACUGAACUGAUGCAGUUCUUAACAAGCAGCCAUUCACUCCUUGUAAAAUCCAGACACCAACACAGUUUGAACCUCGGACAAAAUCACCUCAGCUCUCUCCUCUCUACUCUCUCUCGCUGUCGCUUUUAUUUCUUGUUCUGUAUGCGAUGAAGGUCUGAGGAUUGGUCAUCAUGCCAGUGAUGAAAGGGCUCCUGGCCCCUCAGAACACCUUUCUCGACACCAUCGCCAAGCGCUUUGAUGGCACACACAGUAACUUCCUGCUGGGAAAUGCUCAGGGGAGUCGCGGGUACCCCAUUGUGUACUGUUCGGAUGGGUUCUGCGAGCUCACCGGGUUUGCACGUACCGAGGUAAUGAAGAAGACAUGCACAUGUCAGUUCCUGCACGGACAGGAAACAAGCGAGAGAGUCACUCAGCAGGUGGAGAAAACCUUGGAAGGACAGAGAGAGUUCCAGACGGAGGUCCGCUAUUACAGGAAGAACGGUACCACAUUCUGGUGUCAGCUGGACAUUGUCCCUAUUAAAAAUGAGAAAGGAGAAGUGGUUCUGUUUCUCUUAUCCUUCAAAAACAUCACUGACUCGUAUGGCAAAUCACAUCCCGGCUCCACCACAGAAGAGGAUGGUGCUCACAACAGGAAGUCUGGUCGAACUCAUCUGAGUCAGGCUCGUGAGCGUGGCCGCAGCGUUCUGUAUCACCUGACCUGUCAGUUCACCAAUAGGAGCAAAAGGAAGCUGCCAAACCAUGUUUUUUCACAACCAACUCUCCCGGAAUACAAGGUGGCGUCGGUGCAGAAAUCCCGCUUCAUUUUGCUUCAUUACAGCGUGUGCAAAGCAUUGUGGGAUUGGUUGAUCCUCCUUGCGACAUUCUAUGUAGCUGUCACCGUCCCCUACAACGUCUGCUUCUCCACUCCCGAUGACGACGAACACGACGACCCGGACUGUGACUCGGCCUCCAGAACCACCAUCGUCAGCGACAUAGCUGUGGAGAUGCUCUUCAUCCUCGAUAUCAUUCUGAAUUUUCGAACCACCUACGUUGGGCCUGCGGGUCAAGUGGUUUAUGAUGCUCGCUCGAUAUGUUUGCACUACUGCACUACCUGGUUCAUCCUGGACCUCAUCGCUGCUCUGCCCUUUGACCUGCUCUAUUUAUUCAACAUCUCAGUGACUUCCCUUGUGCACUUGUUGAAGACGGUGCGUUUGCUGCGUCUCCUGCGCUUGCUGCAGAAGCUGGAUGGUUAUUCUCAGUACAGUGCUGUGGUCCUGACACUGCUAAUGUCCGUAUUUGCCCUGCUGGCACACUGGUUGGCAUGUGUUUGGUAUGUUAUUGGACGCAAAGAGCUCGCCAGCAAUGACCCCCUGACCUGGGACAUCGGUUGGCUGCAGGAGUUGGGUAAGCGUCUGGAGACUCCUUACACGAAUGGUACAGUUGGCGGCCCAUCUUUGCGCAGCGCCUACAUCGCUUCGCUCUACUUCACGUUGAGCAGUCUGACAAGCGUCGGGUUCGGAAACGUCUGUGCCAACACAGACGCUGAGAAGAUCUUCUCCAUCUGCACCAUGCUUAUCGGGGCCCUGAUGCAUGCGGUGGUGUUUGGUAAUGUGACAGCCAUCAUCCAGCGCAUGUACUCUCGUCGCUCACUCUACCACACACGCAUGAAGGAUCUGAAGGACUUUAUUCGUGUGCAUCGCCUGCCUCAGCAGUUGAAACAGCGCAUGCUGGAGUACUUCCAGACCACCUGGUCUGUUAACAAUGGUAUCAACGCCAACGAGCUUUUACAUGACUUCCCAGAUGAGCUGCGGGCAGACAUCGCCAUGCACCUGAACAAAGACAUUCUGCAGCUGCCUCUCUUCUCCUCUGCCAGUAGAGGGUGCCUGCGUUCACUAUCACUGCACAUUAAGACCUCUUUCUGUGCACCUGGAGAGUACCUGAUUCGCCAUGGAGACGCCCUGCAUGCGCAACACUUCGUCUGCUCUGGGUCUUUAGAGGUCCUCAAGGACGGCAUGGUGCUUGCCAUACUAGGUAAAGGAGACCUGAUUGGUGCUGACCUGCCAGGUAAGGAUCAGGUGAUCAAAGCUAACGCAGAUGUAAAGGCUCUGACCUACUGUGACCUGCAGUACAUCAGCGUCAGAGCACUGCAGGAGGUUCUAGAGCUCUACCCGGAAUAUGGCAGCCGCUUCAAUGAGGACAUACACCAAAACCUCACCUACAACCUCAGAGAGGGUCAAGCCAGAUUCUCUCGCUCUACUCGACUCCCACAGGAACGCUUUGACUAUUCCAAGCUGCCCUUUAUUGUGGAGGCAGAGCAAGAGGAGGAUGCUGGACAGAACCAGGGCAGGAAACCCCUGCUGUCUGGCUUGGGCGGUCUUUCAUCUCAGUCUAAUCUGAGUGCCAUGUUAGGGGAGGAGUUUCGGCACCUUAACAUGCUCCGUCACUGCAAAUCGCCUAUUAAAAGCUCCCGGGUACAAAGCCCUGCUUCUCAGAUGCCACUUCACGAGGAACCGUCUGCAGGUGCAGUUCCUGCCCCAAGAAUAGACAAGAGCUCCUGCUACAGACCAGCCAAACUGCUCAUUCCUACCCUGAACUGUGUCAGCCCUCUGGACCUGAGCCCCCGGGUUGUCGAUGGCAUUGAGGAUAACGAACAUGCUUUUCACUUCAAUGUUGAGCACAGUGAGCCAUCUCCUAACACAGAGGUCAAAGACCCAUUUCAGGUUGGCGCAAACCUUCUCCUUGAGACAGAGGAAGUCAGACAGAGUCUCCGUCAACUCAAUACAGAGAUGAACCACCUGAACCAGGAAGUGUCCUCACUGACCAAGGAGCUCCACGAAAUGAUGCAAUUCCUGCAUACACAUGUGACCCCACCGCACUUCACUUCCUCUUUUACUCCCUUCAGCUCUUUCAACUGUCACACAUCACCCAACUGCACCAACGUGGCCUCCUCUACUGCCGACUGGCCGUCAAGGCUGGUCUUUAACAUGUCGUCCGGUCCUUGCCUGGAGCCGGAUCCCUCUCAGAGAGAUUCUUUAGGAUCCAGGCACACGUGCAUUUGCAGCAUCAGCCAUGCCCAGGAAAGAGGCUCCGUCUUGGGGCAGGAAGGGGACAUAGAGCUCCUCAAUCAAGCCCCCAGCUCUCACUCAACCUAUUUUCCAUGCUGCCCUGACCAGGAAAGGGUUGCUACCUUGGGCGUAGAUAGUCAGCCAAACCCAUAUCAGACUUCUAAGACCACACCAAACUCUCCUUAUCUAGGACAUCAUGUUCCCCGCACUGGUGGGUCACUCCUGGGAUUGGCGGCAGCCUUUCCGUCCAGUGGUUUGGUGCCUCAGGUUAGGACUGGGGGUCCCAGCAACACGUUGUCUCCGUGCACCCAUAACAUCCAGAGUCAGUCACAUCCAUCUCUAAACGCGCAGAUGACCUCUGACCUGCACUCCAGGGCGCCCACACCCAUCCAUUUAUCCGUUACACCAACCGGCCCAUCAGAGCCUCUCAUAGCAGUCAGUUCACAUUUGCAUUCUGGGAUUUGUAGUUCCAGCUUGCUACAUUUCCCUACAGGCCCAAGACAGAAUGAUCUGGUGGGAUCAAGUCCUGUUCACACACUUGAGCCCAUCGUUUCGUCCACUGGAGAGAAACAGGUGAAACCAGGACCUGCUGAGUAAGGACACAUUGAUUGAGCCAACGCUGAGCAGGAGUGAUGGACAUAUUAAAAAGAGUAGUCUAACAUGCUCUUUUGCUACUGCAUGGAUAAUGCCCGCAUUUAAGCCAAAUGCAAUGCAUUGUGGAAGCAGCGUACAUGGGUUAUGCUAAAUAUGCACGAUAAUGUGCACAACUGUGCCUAUUGUUUCAAAAUCGCCACUUUUUUUGAUUAAAGUAGGACAUAAAAGUCAAUAUGAGUCAUGCUUAAUUGUAUUUAGGUUAAAUCAGUUUCCACUGGUUGGGUUUAUUUUACUCCAUAUGGCUUGAUUUUACAUUGGCGGUUUCACCGAGUAGGUUUUGCAUAAGACAAGGUUCCCUUAGGACUGAGUCAUAGAUUACGAAGAGCCAGAAUUUCCAGGCUGUUAUCACGCUGCAUCUUUUUCAAAGCCUCACUUUAAAACUCUUUCAGUUUGAAAAUCUUUAAAAUGUACCUAAUUGCAUGAUAUAAUAUUUUAUGUCCCUUGCAUUUUCAAGGGACAGAUCACCCAAACAUGAAAAUUCUGUCAUCAUUUACUCACCCUCAUGUCACUGCAAACCUGCAUGACUUUUUCUUUUGUGCAACAUAAAAGAAGAUAAUUUGAGAAAUGUUUUUUUUUUUUUGGUCAUACAAUAGAAGUCAAUGGAAACCAAAACAUUCUUUAAAAUAACUUCUUUUAUAUAGAUAUAGUUGUAUAAGUUUACCAAAAACUACUUGAAUUGUGUGUCUCUCACACGCAGAUUAUUUAUAAAAGCAUGUGCAGAACAAUAUACAUUUAUUUUUGUUGCUGAUCCUCUUUUUUCAUUGUCAGAAAGUUUGGAAAAAAAGAUUGAUUUAUUCUUUCUCUACAUACAGUAUGUCUUUUCUGGGCCUGUUUCAUGCCUAUAUUGUUAAAUAAAUCUUCCAUUUUCUUAUCUCUCGGUUGCGCCUGCCUAAAUUAAAUGCCUUGCGAUUGUAAAAAAUGAAUUUUCCUGUUGAAAAUGCCCUCUUCAGAGAAUAAACCAUAAAUUUGUUUGCCACCCGUUGCUCAUUUAA